GCGAGCGAAAGAGAGAAAGAGGCGGUUACAGUGACUCAGAGAGAGAGAGCGAGAGAGCUCGGCGUUCGAGGGAGCAGUCGAUAAGUUUUCAACCGAGGAGCAGUUAGCUUUAAAAGCAAUUUUGUUUUAUUUUUCCGACUUGGCUACGGUGUCAGUCGCUUCUACUCGCCAAGUGGAAUGAAAUGCUGUUACGUGGGUGACUCGAAAGGUGCGGCAGAGAGCCAGGCUGACUCCGAGCUGCCCCACGUGGCCCAGUCCGAGCCACCCGGCUCAGCCGAGAGCGUUCUGGGGGGUUCACCACCAUGUCAUAGCACCCUGCCCUCGCCUCUGAAAGCCCUCUCCCCUCCUCCCCCUCUCUCCCCUCCCUCUCCCUCCUCCUCUUCCUCCUCCUCUUCCUCUUCUUCCCCCAGCCCCCCCGCAGCAGUUGACGCCCCUCAGUCCAGCCACACCGUUCCCUCAGGAGAGAUGAGUCUACACCAUCAGGCCCAGGGCUCGGAGCGGGACCUUCCCUCCGCGGCGUCGUCCGUCAGCCUGCCGUCCGUCAGGAAGACGCCCAAAAAGCGCCGCCUCUCGCUCCGCUCCCUGUUCCGAAGGCGGCGCGGCGAACCCAAAUCUCGUAAGACACGCGCCCUCGCCGGAGGAGUGGACGGCAUCGCGAGCGUGGAGAGCGUUCACUCUGAACUUCAGCAGAAUCAGCAGCAGCAUCAGGAUCGUUCUUCUUCGCUCUCUGCGCCCGGAGUGGCCUCCGCCUCCACUUCCUCCUCCUCCUCCUCCUCCUCUUCCUCAGAGCUGCUGGAGUGCCCCCUCUGCCUGCUGCGGCACGCCCGAGACCGCUUCCCCGACAUCAUGACCUGUCACCACCGCUCCUGCGCCGACUGCCUCCGACAGUAUCUGCGCAUCGAGAUCUCCGAGAGCCGAGUCAACAUCAGCUGCCCCGAGUGCUCCGAGCGCUUUAACCCGCAUGACAUACGCAUGAUCCUCGGAGACCGCGCACUCAUGGAGAAGUAUGAGGAGUUCAUGCUCCGCCGCUGGCUCGUGGCUGACCCCGACUGCCGCUGGUGCCCUGCCCCCGACUGCGGGUAUGCAGUCAUUGCCUUCGGCUGUGCCAGCUGCCCAAAGAUCACUUGCGGUCGCGAAGGCUGUGGGACGGAGUUUUGUUACCACUGUAAACAGCUAUGGCACCCCAACCAAACCUGCGACGCUGCCAGACAGCAGAGAGCUCAGAGCCUCCGACUGCGGCCUUUCAGAUCGUCCUCGCUCAGCUACAGCCAGGAGAGCGGGGCUGCAGCAGACGAUAUAAAGCCUUGUCCCCGCUGUGCCGCCUACAUCAUUAAGAUGAAUGAUGGGAGCUGUAAUCACAUGACGUGUGCUGUGUGUGGCUGCGAGUUCUGCUGGCUCUGCAUGAAAGAAAUCUCCGACCUGCACUACUUAAGCCCUUCAGGAUGCACGUUCUGGGGUAAGAAGCCCUGGAGCCGGAAGAAGAAAAUCCUCUGGCAGUUGGGAACGCUGGUGGGCGCUCCAGUUGGCAUCGCGCUGAUCGCUGGCAUCGCCAUCCCUGCCAUGAUCAUUGGUAUUCCUGUGUAUGUGGGCAGAAAGAUUCAUAACCGCUAUGAAGGAAAGGACAUCUCAAAGCACAAGAGGAACCUGGUAAUCGCAGGCGGAGUCACGUUGUCUGUUAUUGUGUCACCAGUAGUGGCUGCAGUGACCGUUGGUAUCGGAGUGCCCAUCAUGCUGGCGUACGUGUACGGCGUGGUGCCGAUCUCGCUGUGCCGUAGCGGCGGCUGCGGUGUGUCUGCAGGGAACGGUAAAGGUGUGCGGAUCGAGUUUGAUGACGAAAACGACAUGAAUGUGGGCAGCGGUGCAGCAGCAACCGACACCACCUCCGUGGCGGAGACCAGGCAUAACCCGAGUAUCGGCGAGGGCAGCGUGGGCGGACUGACCGGCAGCCUGAGCGCCAGCGGGAGCCACAUGGAGCGCAUCGGAGCUAUGAGAGACAACCUAAGCGAAAACGCCAGCACCAUGGCCCUCGCAGGAGCCAGCAUCACCGGCAGCCUGUCCGGCAGCGCCAUGGUCAACUGCUUUAACAGGCUGGAGGUUCAGGCUGACGUCCAGAAGGAGCGCUGCAGUCUGAGCGGAGAGUCCGGCACGGUCAGCCUGGGGACAAUCAGUGACAACGCUAGUACCAAAGCAAUGGCUGGAUCCAUUCUUAAUGCCUACAUGCCUCUGGACAGCAGAGACGGCAGCAGUAUGGAGGUGCAGGUGGACGUGGAGUCCAAGCUGGGGAAGCUGCGGCACCACAGCGGCAGCAGCAGCAUGGACGACGGCAGCACAGGCGGGCGAGGGGGCGGCGCGUGUUCCUCUGGCUGUCCGCACGAGGGCAAGUGCGGCUCGUCCCGCUGGGCCAAGGAGUCCUCGUCCUCCUCCUCGUCUUCAGGCAAGAAGAGCAAAGGCAAGCUGCGCAAAAAAGGCGGCGGCACGAAAAUAAACGAGACGCGAGAGGACAUGGACGCUCAGCUGCUGGAGCAGCGCAGCACCAACUCCAGCGAGUUCGAUUCGCCGUCUCUGAGUGGCAGCCUGCCGUCCGUGGCCGACUCGCACUGCAGCCACUUCUCAGAGUUCAGCUGCUCCGAUCUGGACGCCUGCCGGCCAUCCUGCUGCGGCCACGAGCCUCACUCCAGGCCUUCGAACGGGGCCGGGGCGGUCAGCCCUCUACCUGAAGUGGAGCACGACCGGCUGGAAAACUGCCCCGCCCCCGUUCACCUGCCACAGGCUGCUGCUGCUGCUGCUACCGCCACGAGCGGAGGGGAACGCCCCCUUUGCCACAUCACAGAGGAGAACGUUGGCUCGAUCUGUGCACCUGAGCUAGACCCCAGUGUUACGGCGGGUUCUCCUAAAGAACGUAACAACAACCUCCCUCAGCCAGCCAGCCCCGUGCGCAAUGCCUGCAUUCAGACUGAGAUAUAGCGCUCGGAAAAAAACAAACAAACAGUGGUUGUGACAUCACAACACAGUAAGCAGGAGGGCAGGAGAUGAGCUAACCCAAAUGCUAGCUUUCAAAGCUAACCUCACGCCCAGUUUUCUUGCUGAGGAUUAUUGCACACGGACUUAUUUUCUCAUAUAUAUAGAUAUAUAAAUAUAAAAGAGGGGGUUAAAAAAAGCGAAGCUUUUGUUUUUGUGGCGGUUUGUUUAAUUUCCAGGUCGGCCAGUGUUGAUCACAGAAUGUGGCAGAGGGAACUCGCGGUCGAUUAAAGAGAGAGACCGUUAAGAAAAGGGGUUAAAGAAGGUCACCGGUUCCGAGGGGGGAGGCCGCUUUACAGAACGACUAACGCUGGAGGAAACUCGUGAAGAGCAACAGACGAAUGUAAGACGGCAGGUGAUGGACAGAUACGGAUGGUGGCUGAUGAUGUAGCUGUUUAAUCACACAUGCCUCUAUUUCAGUGACGGUUGCUGUGAUCGAGGGUUGUUUAUUUUUUUUGUUUUGUUUUGUUUUUUUUGCCUGAGCCUCAUGAAUAGUGAGCUAUAGUGCUUUCAGGCACCAGACAUUUACACAGAAAACACCAUAUAUAUUCUCUCAGUUAUAUAGACCAAGUUAUAUCUGUGGUUGGAGGGAUCCGCUUCUACUCAUAACUCAGAUUUCAGACCGUUUUAAAGGGGUUAUGAUGCCUUCAUAGCAGCGUUUAUCAGACAUAAAACCUAAGAGGGACCAGGCAAUGAUGGACUUUUUUGUUUUUUGUUUACUUGUAAAUGAUUUUGUUUCUCCUUUCUGAAGCUGUUAUACUUUUAGUGUUUCUCUUUCUUUUCCAUUUUUGGAAAGGUUGUUAUGUGUUGAAUCCCUGUGUGGGGUGCUCUGGAUACAGUUUGUGUCGGCGCCCUCUUCUGGUAGGUUAAGGAAACUUGCGGCACAACCCUUUUGAUUCAGCCGUAUUCGUAAAAUAUGUUGAGCAAAGUAAAAUGAAUGGGAGAGACUGAGGUUAAAGGAAUAAUCUGGCGUUUUUCAGCAUUAUCUCUGUUUACUGCGCCUCAUACAGUCCAUUAUUUUCUGUGCUUAGUAAAAGAAUAGAAAGCAGCUCAUUCGACACAUUACAGUAGAGCUGUCCUGACGAGCGCUGCAGUAUUCCUUCAAUUUAAUGGUUGUUAAUUGGGUUUUUAUGGUUGAAUCAAAAGGGUAUGUGUUCACUUUAAUCCCUGUAAGUCUGACAUUUCUCAGUUCAAAGGUUAUGAUGGUAAAAUCACACCAAUGCAUUCAGGUUGUUUCAAACACCUCAUGAUUAAUACAAGUGAUUCUUUUUUUUUCUUUUUUUUUGUACCUUUGUUGACUCAUGGUGCCUUUUGGAGUUAGAGAGAAAAAAACGUUUGUUGUUCCUCCAUUACGUGUCUUUCAGAAUAAUAAUAAAAGAAAAGAAUCAAACACA